UAGAAUGCUCUAUGUUUUGUGUAGGGUGUUUGUUUUUAUUCGUUAAAUGUUCAUGUGAUAUUAUGUCCUAAUAUAUUGGAAUACAUUAUGUAGCCUAUUGGCCAUUGAUAUUUAAACCAGUGAAAAGUAUUGAUCAUUGAGUGAUAUACUAAUGUUAAUUGAUAAAUACCUUUUAAGGUGCAUUUUGGAUUAUCUCCGGUCAAUCAACAGAAACUACAGCCCCCAUAGUUCCUUGCAAAAUCUCACAGACUCAGUUGCUCUGAAAUGCAUUCAACUGAGCAACAGCGCGCACACGAGUUCAGUCGGGGAAGAAUUUAGAGGUAGGUUUUACCUACUUUCCUUGUCAAUGUACAAAGUUGUAUGUACAUUGUUUAAAACCCAAUUAUUGGUGUCAACUUCAGCUAGCUAACAAGUUCACCAAUGUUCCCUGCAAUAAGAUAAUAUUAACUCGCAUGAUGGAGCUAACAUUAGCUAGAUAGUGUCAGCUACUGUAGGCAGUUAGCUAAAUUCUCUGACUCUCUGACAUUGUUCACUUGUUCACUAGCAAGGGGUUUAUUAAAAUAAGCUCCUACCUCUUCCAGACAAGCUUAGCUACCUUUAGCUAACUAACGUUAGGUAUUCCAGACUGGAAUCUGGUUAGCUAACGUAACUAGUUAGCUAACAUUGAAUAUGGCUCGUGCCAGCCAUGCGUGCAGAAGUUGCACCCACCCCUGUUUUAGCGAAUACUUUUUAAAGUAACUAUGUCUGAUCUCACGCAUGCAGCAUUGCAAUUACAAAGCUUUCUAACCAUGGUAAACGUUACACAAGUCGUUCGUUGUGAAUCUAUUUUUUUGGUGUGUCAACCCCAAGUUAAUAAAUCAGUCCAACAGAGAACAACAAAGUUAUCAUACACUGACUGCACCCAAAUAAUACUCGUUACCUGACAGCUCAGAUCUGUUAGGGUCGUUGUUUACCAUGGUUGUUACUAUAAUAGGUGUGAUUUGAUGUCACUGCCCGGGAAAGGACCGCUUUGGACAUAGGGAGUUUGGUUGAGCACCAUCCCACAAAAUGAUGAAGAAUAAAGCACUCUGUCAGAAAACAAACUUUGAGUGACUAUUUGCAAACAUUAUUGUAUUUUACAGGUUCAAACAGACCAGAGGUCCAGCUGUAAACUAGCUUGCUUUCAAUCAUUGUUAAUCCAUGGAAUGGAGCAAAGGUUGACCUUCUCUCAUACAUAGAGUAUGAAAAUGGCUGCAGGUAGCACUUUAACUCCAUGUUCGUCAUUGUGAAAGGUUUCCCUCUCACCCCCUCUAAUGUUUAACACUGGAUCCUUUGUGGAACUUGUAAGGGAAGAGUGCUAACAGGAAUCUCUACUCAUUGUCUGCUUAGAACAUCUGAAUUGGUGGUUUAGGCCCUACUCUCUGGUUUCUAUGAAAAGUCCUAUACCAAGCCUCUUCACUAUAGCAAUACCACUUAGUCAUUUGAUACAGUCAGAGGUAGACUUGGGACCCCAGUGUCCACUGUCAGGCCACUACCAUGGUGGGCAAAGACGCUAUGGUGAGUGGGGACAGGGCUGUGGAGGAAGAGACUGAACUGGACCUGAAGGAGACCUCCCCUGGAGAGCCUGACCCCGAGAUGGCUCUUCCCCCACCUGAGGACCCCUCAGACGGCCAGACCAAGACCGCCCGGACCUGGGAGUUGUCGGUGGUGUUCCUGUGUUUCUAUGGGUUUAUGGUGCAGCUGAAGCCUGGGGAGCCCUUUAUAACACCAAACCUGCUCAGCAUGGAGAAGAACUUCACCAGGGAACAGGUGACCAAUGAGAUCAACCCGAUCCUGUCCUACUCCUACAUGGCGGUGCUGGUGCCAGUCUUCCUCCUGACAGACGUCCUGCGUUACAAGCCCGUCCUGGUCCUCUCCAGCCUCAGCCACGUGGCCAUCUGGCUCCUCCUCCUCCUGGGUUCCUCCCUCUUAGAGAUGCAGUUCAUGGAGUUCUUCUACGGCAUCACCAUGGCAGCACGCGUGGCUUACUCCUCCUAUAUAUUCUCCCUGGUCACCCCAGAGCUCUACCAACGUGUGGCCAGCUACUCGCGCUCUUGCGUCCUCAUGGGGGUGUUUGCCAGCUCGGUGCUGGGCCAGGUGCUGAUAUCCGUGGGCAGGCUCUCCUUCGCCAUGCUCAGUGCUGUCUCCUUGGCCUUGGUGUCCUUCGGCCUGGUGCUCUCCUGCUGCCUGCCCUGGCCCAAGAGGUCCCUGUUCUUCAACAGGGCCCACCACGCUGCCCAGAGGAACCUCCAGGAGCAGGCUGCCGCCCAGUCGGAGCUGGCCAGGAUGAAGCAGGGCGAAAUGGGCCUGGGUUCAGGUGACACACCCUCCCUGGCCCCUCUCAGCUCUGGUUCCUCCUGGAGGGACUCAGUGUUUAUUCAGAUGCUGAAGGAGCUGAGGAACGUGCCGCGGAGGCCCAGCCUGAGACUGUGGAGCCUGUGGUGGGUGUUCAACUCCGCUGGCUACUACCUGGUGCUGUUGUACGUCCAUGUCCUGUGGAACAAGGUGUACCCUGCCACGGAGAACAAACACGUCUACAACGGAGGGGUGGAGGCUGUCUCCACACUACUGGGUGCGAUCACGUCAUUUGCAGCGGGCUUCGUGAAGAUCCGCUGGAACGUGUGGUCUGAGCUGGUGAUCGGCGUCAUCACGGCUCUACAGGCUGGCCUGCUGCUCCUCAUGGGGACCACCAGCAACAUCUGGAUCUGCUAUGUGGCCUACUCCCUCUUCAAGGGUUUCUACCAGUUCCUCGUGCCCAUCGCCAUUUUCCAGAUUGUCUCGUCGCUCACCAAGGAGCUGUGUGCCCUGGUGUUUGGGGUCAACACUUUCCUGGCGACCGUUCUGAAGUCCAUCAUCACCCUCAUCGUCUCUGACAAGAAGGGUCUGGGACUAGACGUACACUCCCAGUUCCUGGUCUACUUCUUCUACUUUGCCUUGCUGACGGUUAUCUACCUGGGCUGUGCUGCCUGGGUCAUCAUUCGCCACUACAGGAACCAAUCGGCAGGAGGUGGAGGGGACACCGACCAGGCCACGCCCACUGAGCUAUGUCCCGUACCAUCAAACCCGUCGGAGACGGAACCUCUGUCCAAUGGCAACAACGUGAAGGCCUGAAAGGGAUAUUCCGGAAUGUUGGCAGUGAAGCCCUUUAUCUACUUCCCCAGAGUCAGAUUAACUCGUGGAGACCAUUUGUAUGUAUCUGCGUGCAAUUUAAAAGGAAUUUGCUACCUAGCGUUAGCCAAAUUGCUAACUACCGUUAGCGUAAUGACUGGAAGUCUUAUCGGAAGCUAGCAUGCAAGUUGUUCAUGUAGACUUCCUGUCAUUGCGCUAGCUAACGCUAGUUGGCAUUGGAUCGCGAAACUACCUCUAACUUCCUUCAUACUGGAUGCAGAGACAUACAAAUGGUAUCCAUGAGUUCAUCUGACUGUGUGGAAGUAGAUAAAGGGUCUCCUUGCCAAAAUCCUCAACUAUCCCUUGAACAUUGUGUCAUCUUUACAUCAACACCUAAACCCCCUACACUGACUUUGAGUGGUCUAAACGGUCUGGGAAUCUCUCGCUACGGUUUCCACACGACUGCACAAGGACAGAUGAGACUUAGAGGUGAGUCGAGACCUCAUGACACUUCGUUGGAUGUGUUGGGGGAGUGUAGUUUACCAGUGUUAGUGAACAGUCACUGUUCUCAGCCCUUAGUGCCUUAUCCGUUAUAUCCAACGUGUAUUCAGUUCACCAAAAGGAUGUUAUUAUGGAAUACAUAUUUUUUACUCAAUGUUUUUAAAGAAUUACAGGCAGGGCCCACCUACAUUACUACAAGAUAAUAAAAAAAGCUCACUCGUUCGAGCCUAAUGGUCUUGUAAGCAGCGGUGGAAAAAGUACCAACUUGUCAUACUUGAUUAAAAGUAAAGAUACCUUCAUAGAAAUGACUCAAGUAAAAGUCUAAAAGUAUUUGGUUUUAAAUAAACUUAAGUAUUAAAAAGUAAGAGUAUAAAUGAUUUCAAAUGACUUAUUAAGCAAACCAGAUGGCACAAUUGCAUUUUUUCUUCAUCAGUAGGGGGACAGGGGGACACUCCAACACUGAGACAUAAUUUGUGUUUAGUGAGUCCGCCAGAUCAGAGGCAGUAGGGAUGACCAGGGUUGUUCUCUUGAUAAGUGUGUGAAUUUGACAAUUUUUCUGUCCUGCUAAGCAUUCAAAAUGUAACGAGUACUUUUGGGUGUCAGGGAAAAUGUAUGGAGUAAAAUGUACAUGAUUUUCUUUAGGAAUGUAGUGACGUAAAAUUUGUCAAAAAUAUAAAUAGUAAAGUACAGAUACUUCUUAAGUAGUACUUAAGUAUUUUUAAGUACUUUACACCACUGCUUGUAAGUAGCAAUACAUGACCUUGUAUGUGGUACAAAUCACAUUGUGGGAGCACCUCUAAGAGAAUGAAUUAGGCUGUUUGGGAAGGUUUGCAUCCUAAGCAACCUGCCUCAACAUUGUUUCGAAGUACAAUAGACCAGCAUAUAGCUACUGUAGUUGGUACAUUUAAGGAAUUUUCUUUUUCGGCUUUAGACCAAUCCCUACUUCUCACUCAAACAGUGUUUUGUUUUUAAUAGUCAGAGUUUGGACCUAGUUGUCAGCCUAAUGUUCUCAGAGAGACUGUUGACAUGUACUAUGUAGUGGCUGCUUUGCUCUUCUCAUCCCAGAAACAUCCCAAAUGGUGUUAUCCACAGGGGAUUAUGUUCAGUUUUCCAAAUACAGGGUAAUCAUAUGUUCCCUGAUAAUGUUGAAGCACGUUUGUUUUCGUAACUCUGACUGAGAAUAUAAUCAUCUCAAGUAGAGGGGACCAAUAGGAAAUGAUCUACAGAAACAGUCUAACUAAUUCUACUGGACUACUUCUUCUACUGAUGGAACAGUAGCCUGUUAUAUUCAGCAAAUGAUUCACUGUUUUUCGAUCAUUAGGAAUUCUCGACAAUUGCUGCAAUUGUAUUUAUUAGCGAAAACCAUAUUUUUGAAUCUGUGUGUCUAUUGUUAGAUGUACAGAAGUCCUCCAGUGAGAGAGGUGUGCCUCACAGGACCAUGAUUACUAUGUGAUCACAUUAGCAUUGCUUUAGAUUAAGUAGGCACGUGACAGGAUGCAUUUUUGGGCUGCUGAAUCUUCCUGAAGAUUUUAUUUGAAGAGUGAAAAUAUUUUCUAAAUGAAGCCCUUUGUGUGUAUGUUCACUACACUCCCAUUGUCUUAGGUUUAAUCAGCGAUUGCUUGUGAACAAAGCAGAUGCCAAUUGUUUUAGGGCCUUCAAACUAACCAUAUCAGUGGACUUAAAUUGUUUAAAUUUCACCUUUUAUUUAACCAGGUAGACCAGUUGGGAACAAGUUAUGCUUGCUGCCAGUGAGUAAUUCAAUGCACCUUGUGUCAGGAAGUGUUUUAGUGACCAUUUUGUGUAUAGUUUUGCUUACGGGAGAGUGGGGUAAGUUAAGCCAUUUUUUACAUUCAGCACUUACGUUCAAACACUUUGUAGUUUAUAUAUAUAUAUUUUUUAACAUUGGCCAGGCCCUGUUACCUCAUAUCCCAGCGAUAAUGCCUUGCAUUAUGCCUGGGAUGAAAACACUUGCCAUUGGUUCAACUUUUACCCCAAGGCAAACAUUUAGAUUAUAUUAGCACACACAUACAAUAAAGCACUUUCAUGCUGAUGUAUAGAAUAAUCUUAAAAUUAUCUACUUUGCUUUAGAUACAAGCAUCAUGAAACCUCUAGAACAGAAAUUAAUUUGACUUGGUGAAAAUCUUAUUUUAUUUUUUAUAUAUAUUUUUUUACUUAACUUUUUCCAAAUGGUUUCUUCCUUCAGACUCCAUGAAAUGAUGACCUCUUCCUAGAUAUUUGUUCAAAUUCUAACAUUUUGUGUAUAGUUUCCUAGAAACAAGAGUGGCUCAAUUUACCUCUUUGGCUCAACCUACCCCACUCUCCCCUAUUUUUGUUUAAAUGUUUUCAUGCAGAUUUGUCUUUUCUCCCCCAGCAGUGCUAAUCAUACGUUCAUUGUCAUCUUUUGUAAUAGGAAGCCCACGUGAAUGUGAAUGUGUAAACUGGAGUAUAGUUGUUAUGAACUACUGCAAAUGAGUUAGAGGAUUUAGCAAUGAGCUGGCAGACAUUUAUUCUGCAUGUUAUUUUCGAAUGAGCUAUUAUAUAUUGUUUUGAUGCAGGGGUUCUCAAAUGUUUUUGCUUUGUGACCCACCAAUUGAGCUGUCUUUUGAGUGGUAAAAACCCCCACACACAGACCAAAGCAUAAAUAUGAUCUUGGCAGUAGACACAAUAUUUAGCUGUUUCAAAGCUAAUCCCCUGCAAUUUCACAUCCUGCCAUGGAGCUGAAAUAAAAAAUGUGCAAUUUUAAAACCAAUUUCCUUCAAUUCUAUGCAUUUUGCCAUGGAGCUGAGAUUUUGUUUGCUUUUAAGCAAAUUUCAUACAAUUCUAUGCAUUUUGACAUGGCUGGUGUUCUUAUGCACAAACAUAACAUCAGUGGGGGCCUGAUUGUCUAGCUUUUAUUUGUUGAUUGUAAAUUCUCAAAGAUUAUAGGAUAUUAUUGAAAAAUGUAUAGGUCCGUUCUCUUUUCUGCAUCCCAUCCCAGUUUGGGAACUACUGUUUUAAUGGAACAAUUUAUUUAUCUGUGUGCGUAAGAGUAAAAUGGUGUUUUCUUAAAUGUUUGUCACUGAGGAAAUAAAAUGCAAAAUGAAGUUGAAAAAUGUAAAUAUCUUUUAGGCCUAUAUGUUUAUUCUUUGGAAUCUGACAACUCGAGGAACUCAUAUCUGGUGUACCCUUUACAUUCUGAAUGUGUUUAUACCAUACUCAAAGUACACCCAUAAAUGCAGAUUAUACCUACCCAUUUUAAAAAAUUGAAGUUGCCUUUAAUUGAAUUGCUGUGCAUAGGAAGUGGUUUGCUGAAUUCCUGUCCCCUUGAGUAAUCUUAUGACCAUCUUACUACAAAACUGAGAAAUCAUGUCAGAAUAUAGACUAUAGUAGUUGAGUGUCUAUUAAUUACAUGUAGGGUGGAUAAAAGAUGUGUGUGAACAAUACAAGCACUUCACUUGAGAACGCUAUGUACAAUGGGUCUGGAACACGAGAUAUGCAACUUGAACUUUGCACUAUUCUCUAAUUGAUUUAAAAGGUCAUAUCUCAAGGUAAGUUUCAGCAUAUAGUGAUGAGGUUGUAGAGUAUACAAUGAUUUUUACAUGGUCAUAUGGCCUCGUAAACAAAUACAAAGGUAUGAGAUUAAUUGCACCUAAUGGUCUAUAUGCCGUGCAGUAUACUAGCCAACGAGUUCAGUAUAGGAUAAGAUUUGUAACGUUAACUGUCAGAAUUGUUCAUGUUUAUUAUUGUCACACUGACUUCAAUCAAUGCUGAAUAUACACUUUGGGUGAAUGACUGUGAACUGUGAUUUUGUUGCUGUAAAAAACAGACUUAUGUCAACAUUUUAUUUUUGAUUUACAAAUAAAUCAGUUUGGAAAAACAAUGUAGCAUUUGUUUGUUUUUUAAUAAACGUUGAUGACAUUGAGAGAGAUGGUACAGUACAUGUCACCUCAGGAAACUCCUCACCAGGGUCAUACACCGGUUCAUUCAGUGAGCUGCAAUGCUUUGGUCUUUGGAUUAAAAGCCUUAUUUAAUUUCUAUCACAGUGCAUAGACAUGAAAAACACUUAAGAGCACUUUUUGAGAAUUUUGAAACGCAAAAGGACAUUGCAAAACAAAAACAUAGUAAUUUGAUUUUUGAUACAAAAUGUCAUGAUUCUUGGCCCAGACUCAUCUCUUCCUCUGUCAAUACAUAGAUCCAUGGAGUCCAUUACUGAAAAGUGUGAAUGUUAAAACUACUUAACAAAAUGUUAAUCGCAAAAUAAAUACUCCAUUUGUUAUCAAAACAUUUGAAAUAUCCUGUUCCCUUUUGAUAUCAAAACAUUUGAAAUAUCCUGUUCCCUUUUGAUGUCCGCUAGCAAAAUAAAAACAUCCAACAUUUAUGACAAUGUUAUAGAUAGUACUUCAAAAACUGGUUAUAUGUACUGAUUACAACAAAAUGUAAAGUGAAUAAACAAUUACAACAUUGGAUAAUAAUCAUUUAAUGUACAAUACUGCAACAAUUAGCUUGUUGGAAUCAUAGAGAACAUAAUUAGUGUCCUGUUUAAUCUGUAGGUGUGGUCUGUGGUGUGGUUUGAUUCUAGGGCAAACUGUUAAAAGGCUAUAGACUUUCUACAGUGCAGGUAUUAUGCUUUUGAGGGUAAGACCACAAAAAAAUAAAUGUGCGUUGCGAUAGUCUGUUAUCUAACCCCCAAUGAACAUGGCUUUCUGAAGUGGACAAUGAAAGGAGAAGUGGAAUGAAUACAAACUCUACUGAAAACCACAGUGUUGAGGUGUUUACAGAACAGUGAUUUAGACGUAUGUGCAUGGGGUCGGGGUGGGCUGUUUGGUCAGCUGCGAUCAGUGUAUAAAGGGGGGUGGAUUGGGGUAUAGGGGGGGGUCCAUCUCUUAGCCUGGUUGUCGCUGUUCUUGAUCAACCCCAUAUUAUGGACAUGUGGUCCUAUUUGGCCAGCUGGACUGAGUGUAUUGGAGAAGGGGAAUGUAGCUGUUAUAUACAAAGCACCAUUGUGUGUGUGUGUGUGUGUACCAGUGGAGGCUCCUCAGAUGAGGAAGGGGAGGACCAUCUUCGGUGAAAUUUCAUAAAAAUGUAAACAUUAGAAACAUUCAAGUUAUACUUUAUGGUAAAACUAUACUAAAUAUAUUCAUAUGUCACCAAAUAACUUAUUAAAAUACACUGUUUUGCAAUGGUCUACAGUAACUUCAAAAGCACUGUCUGGGGUAGCACCAUGGUGUAGCCAGAGGACAGCUAGCUUCCAUCCUCCUCUGACUUCAAUACAAAACCUAGGAGGCUCAUAGGCCUCACCCCCUUCCGUAGACAUACAUGGUAAUUAUGACCACUUCCGGAGGAAGUCCUCCAACAGAUCAAAGCUUUUAUGAUCAGAGAACAAACAUAGUGUGUUGUUUUGGGAUUGUGCCACAGAGCAUUAUGGGGAUUCUAUGUGUUGAGAAACUUGGUGACAUUGUCGGAUAGAGAUUAAGAGUGAACAGUGAUAGUUGAGCAUUUUUGGGGAUUUUAUUUAAACCAAACAUUUUU